AUGCAGUACGCGGUCUAUGGAACCGAGUUGCAUGAGGGUUUCAUUGUACUGGCAUCAGAGCCAUUUACAUCCAGGAUUAAGCAAGGUCAUAGCUUGGGUCAGGAGCGAACUGAGCAAUCGGGUCAGAGGGCCCGCGGCCAUCAGGGGGCCCGUCACCGACACCCCCCGUCCGCCGCCGCCUCUUUGCCACCUGCACCCGCCAGCCCCCCGCAUCAGAUGCCGUUCUGUAAUCGUCGGCCUCGGGAGAACCUUCCAAGUCGAUUCAAGUUUAAGGAGUAUUGUCCCAUGGUGUUCAGAAAUUUAAGAGAAAGGUUUGGGAUCGAUGAUCAGGAUUAUCAGAACUCUUUGACCCGCAGUGCUCCUGUAAACAGCGAAAACCAGGGACGGUUUGGAUCCCGAUUCCUGACCACAUUUGACCGGCGGUUCAUUAUAAAGACGAUAUCUGGUGAAGAUGUGGCUGAGAUGCACAAUAUUCUGAAGAAAUACCACCAGUUUAUAGUGGAGUGUCAUGGUAACACUCUGCUUCCUCAGUUUCUUGGCAUGUACCGACUAACAGUCGAUGGGGUUGAGACAUACAUGGUGGUCACGAGGAAUGUGUUCAGCCACCGCCUUGGGGUUCACCGCAAAUAUGACUUAAAGGGUUCUACUGUGUGCAGAGAAGCCAGUGACAAGGAAAAGGCCAAGGAUUUGCCCACAUUUAAAGAUAAUGAUUUCCUAAAUGAAGGACAGAAGUUGCAUGUAGGCGAGGAGAACAAGAAGAUGUUCCUUGAAAAGCUAAAAAGAGAUGUUGAGGUGAGAGAUGACAAUUGUAACUUAGGAAUGUUUUCAAUGCAUACGGUACUGCUGUCAAGUCCUAACACGUAUGCUUAA